GUUCGCUCCCAAUUUAUGUGUAUAUAUAUACACAUACAUAUAUCUAUGAGGAGGACUUGGUACUACUUACCUGAAAUUGAACCCAUUCCAUUCCAUUUCAUACUUGACCAAAUCAAAAUUGCUCUGAGAUGAUGCAAGGAACCCUAACGAUUGCAGCCAAUCCUUAUUUGCCGCUCCGGCAAUCUCAGCGCCGGAGACUGUCGGUGCGCGCCGGCGCGGUGUUGGCGGAGGUGGACAGGAGGAGUCUCUACGAGGUGCUCCGGAUCGAGAAGGACGCGUCGCCGGGGGAGAUCAAGACGGCGUACAGGACGCUGGCGAAACUGUACCAUCCGGACGCGGCCUCGCGAUUUUUGGAAUCGUCGUCGUGUUCGGAUGGGCGAGAUUUCAUCGAGAUCCGGAACGCGUACGCGACUCUUUCGGAUCCGGACGCCAGAGCGGUGUAUGAUUUGAAAUUGAAGGUUGAUUCGAGGCGUGGAUGGAGCGGUGUAGGAGCGGAGGCAAUCGGAGGUGUCGGUCGCCGGAGAUCCUCCACCGGCCGGAGGUGGGAAACGGAUCAGUGCUGGUGACGUGGAAAAAGCCAGAAUUAAUUAAUUAAUUAAUUGUUCUGUAUGUAAAUGAAUUAUUGGAUCCAACUAUAGUGUAGUAGGACUGAUUCUUCAAUCUAUUACUAACAACGUUGUAUACGCCAUUUUAAAAAAAAUAAAAAAAUAAAAAAAUUCUGCAUACGCCGUCUUCAUCAA